UUGUUGGAUAAGUCAAUCUCAACACUGCAGAUGGAGCUUGCAGCCAAGCGAAGCACGUUGGAACUGGUCCGCAAAGGUGUGCCAGUAACUUCAGAAACUAGCCAACGAAGGAAAACGGCAUUUGUGGUUGUUGGAGUUAACACUGCAGGAAGUAGCCGCAAGCGUCGUGAUUCAGUCCGGGAGACAUGGAUGCCACAAGGUGAAAAGUUGCUACAGCUUGAAGAACAGAAGGGAAUAGUUAUCCGCUUCACUAUAGGGCAUAGUGCUACAUCCAAUAGUAUAUUGGACAAAUCAAUAGAUGCAGAAGAUGCGCAGCAUCACGACUUUCUUAGACUGGACCAUGUUGAAGGGUAUCAUGAACUCUCCGCAAAGACAAAAAUCUUCUUCUCCACAGCAGUGGGCAUUUGGGAUGCUGACUUCUACGUCAAGGUCGAUGAUGACGUGCAUGUGAACUUAGGAAUGCUUGCCACUACCCUUGUUCGGCAUAAAUCGAAACCAAGAACUUACAUUGGCUGCAUGAAGUCAGGUCCAGUUCUUGCUGACAAGAACUUGAAGUACCAUGAACCCGAGUCCUGGAAAUUUGGGGAGGAUGGAAACAAGUACUUUCGCCAUGCUACGGGACAAAUAUAUGACAUCUCAAAAGACCUUGCGACCUAUAUCUCAAUAAAUCAGCCUAUGUUACACAAGUAUGCAAAUGAAGAUGUAUCACUUGGGUCCUGGUUUAUUGGUUUAGAAGUUAAUCAUAUAGAUGAAAGGAACAUGUGUUGUGGAACUCCACCAGAUUGUGAAUGGAAAGGGCAAGCUGGCAAUGUUUGUGUCGCGUCUUUUGAUUGGAGCUGUAGCGGCAUAUGCAAGUCUGUCGAGAGGCUCAAGGAUGUACAUGCCCGAUGCGGUGAAGGAGAUUCUUCUGUUUGGAGUGCUCUCAUCUAGCGAACACUCUCCCUGGACGUAAAUAUGUAGCAUGCUCGGUACACCUUGACGAUCGUGCCUCGAUAUCUGCAACCGAAAUUGCACAAUACUGGACCUAGCUGAUGGACUCGAGCUCUGGUAAUUGAAAUUCAGCUGGAGGCAACACGUGUAGCGUAGAUGAUACUUGUUGGGUUGCUGAGAGGUUUUAGUAGAUGUGAAUUGCUUUAUGUAACCACCAGUUACCCAGUAGUGUUAGAAGAGAGACCAAAGUAGGGUUGGGGGAUGAGGUUUUCCAUCUUACAGGUAGUAGGGCUGAGUUUCUCAUCUGCUCUGCAACAAAUUAGAGAUCAUGUGCUGUAGAAAAACAUCUAAUGCAAAUUUUGAUCAAUUUUUUUGCAA